UCAUGCUGAACUUUCCGGGCUCCGGAUCCUGGAGCCGGGUUGGCUGACGACGACAGCUCACCGAUCACUGGCUGGUUAACGGGGAGAGACGUUCGCCUGUUCGUCUCCAAUCACUGCUCUGCUGUGGGCCCCUCCCUCCCAGUGCAUGGGGGCGGGGCGGAUCAGGACCCUGGGGGGGUCCCUGCUCAGGGCUCUCUUUCCUUCCCCUGCAGACGUGACCGGCCCCAUGCCCGACGCCUACAGCCCGCAGUACGUGGAGGCAGCCUGGUACCCGUGGUGGGAAAGCCAGGGCUUCUUCAAACCCGAGUACGGGCGGCAGCGCGUCUCGGAGCCAAACCCCAAAGGGCUCUUCAUGAUGUGCAUCCCGCCCCCCAACGUCACCGGCUCGCUGCACCUGGGCCACGCGCUCACCAACGCCAUCCAGGAUGCCCUGACCCGCUGGUGAGACGUCCCCCACGCCUGCCCUGCAGCUGC